ACAAACACACGUAUUGCAGUGCACAAUGAAAAAUUUCUAUCUCCUCUCUCUUUGUUAACAGUGCAUGUGGGCUGCUGCCAUGGCAACCGUGGCCCCUCCCCUCACAUUUCUUCUCCUGCUGCUUCAACUGGCUGAUGGCUCAUUCCCAGAGGAACCCAGUCCACUCAGCUACGUCCCUGUAGAGGUGGUGAGGCGCUAUCCAGUUUUCCUGGGCAGAGCCCAUCGCUCGGCUCAGAGGCAGGAGCUGCACAUCCAGACCGUCCUCCAAGUCAACCGCACACUCUACAUAGGAGCCAGAGAUGAUUUGUACCGGGUGGAGCUGGAUAACAUGGCAGGAGAUGAGAUGUUUACAGCAAGGUAG